UAUAUAACGCAUGGUACGUCCUACGUCAUCACGUUGACCCGGAAGCGGAAUUACAACACGUGUGUUUUCUGAAGGGAAUCACCACGCAUGUUCAGAGAACCGAACUCAGGAUAUAUACUGAACCUCCCUUCUGUCCGUCAUCAUGGCUGUGAGAGCGUCUUUUGAGAAGAACAACGAGAUCGGCUGCUUUGCUAAACUCACCAACACGUACUGUCUGGUGGCCGUCGGCGGCUCGGAGAACUUCUACAGUGUGUUCGAGGGGGAAUUGUCAGAAACCAUCCCGGUGUUUCACGCCUCCAUCGCAGGCUGUCGCAUCAUCGGGAGGAUGUGUGUGGGGAACCGUCACGGCCUCAUUGUGCCCAGCAGCACGACGGACCAGGAGCUGCAGCACAUCAGGAACAGUCUGCCGGACGCCGUCCGCGUGCAGCGGGUCGAGGAGAGGCUGUCGGCGCUGGGGAACGUCAUCGCCUGUAACGACUACGUGGCUCUGGUCCAUCCUGACCUCGACCGGGAGACGGAGGAGAUCCUGGCGGACACCCUGAAGGUGGAGGUCUUCCGUCAGACGGUGGCUGAGCAGGUUCUGGUCGGGUCUUACUGUGCCUUCAGUAAUCAGGGAGGUCUGGUCCACCCCAAAACAUCCAUCGAGGACCAGGACGAGCUCUCUUCACUGCUGCAGGUCCCUCUGGUGGCGGGCACGGUGAACCGAGGCAGCGAGGUGAUCGCCGGGGGGAUGGUGGUGAACGACUGGUGUGCGUUCUGCGGCCUGGACACCACGAGCACCGAGCUGUCCGUCAUCGAGAGCGUCUUCAGGCUCAGCGACGCAGCGCAGCCGUCCGCCAUCGCCACCACCAUGAGGGACUCGCUCAUCGACAGCAUGGCGUAAGGAUCGCAAACAAGAGAACCAACAAGCUGCUGGACCCCCCCCCCCCCCCUCACCUGCAGACAUAUUACAGUUAUCCUCAUAUCACAUCCUUCUUGAUCUCUUACCUCUCAUUUAACCCUUUCUGCCAAACACCCAGCACUUCCUCUCUAAAUCUCUCUGGAGGAGUUGUUGAUGAGUCUGACGCCUCACUCACAUGCAAUCUGAGGCAUCUAAGCUUUUGGGGGAUGAAUGGGGAAUACUAUUAUCCAAAUGCAUUUAGUAGUUUUCUCCCAGUUUGGUAGAGAAGCUGUGCUUAAAAAAACGUGUUAAAAGUCAAUUAUUUCUGUGCCUGUUUCAUAAAGAAAGUGUAAAAGGAAGCUUGUGUCGAUAAGACUGUAUUAUGUUUAAGAGAUGAUAUGAUAAUGUAGUCAAACUGAUGUUCGCAUGCAGUACGAUAAACACACGCACAUAUACACACACACACAUACACACACACACACACACACACGUGUACACAGUGAGAUGGAUGUUUUCUGUAUGAAAUGAGACUGAUUUCUCACUCGAACCGAAGGCCUGAACACCGUUUAUUUUUAACGAACAGUACGUCUCGUCUGUCUUGUAAAAAUAAAAAUAAAAUCACCCUCUUUUUA